UUUUAUCAGUUAAAUAAAGUUUUAAUAUUUUUGUUUACUUUUUCAUAUACAAUAGAAUUUUCUUUUCUUUUUUUUUUCUCUUGUAUUAAUUCUAAAUAUAGUCAAAAUAAACUGGUAUUUCAACUAUUUAUUUUCUUCAAAAGAGCAGGUGUCUCUGUGUGUGUGUGCGUCUCAAUCAUAUACCAAAAAUUUUAUUGAUUAAUAAAUCGUUUAAAUUUGUUAAAAUAAUAAUUUUGUAAUUUAAUUGUAAAUAAAAUAAAUAAUAUUAAUAAUGGGUAGCCAAUUAAAAAAUCAAUAUAUUUAUAAAAAAAAAUUAGGAGAAGGUGGAUUUGGAAGUGUUUAUCUUGUUGAAAAAAAGUCUGUGAAUAAAGACUUUGUUAUUAAAGUGCAAUAUGGAUCAAAAUCAUAUGAUAUUGUUCGUAAUGAAGUUGAACAAUUAAAAAAAAUGUCACAUCCAAAUGUUGUAUCGUAUUAUGGAAGUUGGGUAGAAAAAAAUAAAUCAUACAUUAUCAUGGAGUACGCAUGUGGAGGAAACCUCCGAGAAAUUCUUGAACGUCGUGAUCGACCAUUUAGUGAACAAUCAGCCAUGUAUUUUUUUUCUCAAAUAAUACUUGGAGUUCAUCAUAUUCACAAACAAAAAGUACUUCAUCGUGAUCUUAAGCCAGCUAAUAUUGUUCUUGCUUCAAAUUGCAUUGUUAAAAUUGCUGAUUUUGGUAUUGCCAAAAAUAUUGCACAUGAUAAUGCAGUGACAAAAAUUGGAACAAAAAUUUAUAUGGCACCAGAAGUUUUGUCAAAUCAAAUGUACGAUUACAAAGCUGAUAUUUGGAGUACUGGAAUUAUUUUGUAUGAGAUGUUGACAAAAAAAUUUCCUUUCUCAACUCGAGAUCAUUUGAUGAUGAUGAAUCAAAUUAGUCGAGGAAUUGUCAGACUUUUAGACUCUGAUAAAAUUUCUUGUGAAAUACAAAAUAUUGUAUAUUCAAUGCUUCAAAGAUCACCAACAAAUCGUCCAAGUGCUAGUCAACUUGUGCUAAACUCUGCUGUACUAAGCUCAAUUGAAAAAUUUUAUAAAACACUGGAAGGACAUCAAAAAGAAUUAAUUUUUGGAGUCAUUUCCAAUAACAAAAAAAUUUAAUUUAUAUAUUUAUUUAUUUAUUUAUUAUUUUUGCUUCAAAUUGUAAUU